AUACAGAGUAAAGGUGUAUAAAAACAGAUAUUUGUACAAGUCUAUCUCGAUUGUAAAACCUAUCGUAAAGAAUGAAAGGAACCGUUAUUUUACUGCUGUCAUCAGUCUGUGCCUUUGCGCAGUAUGUACCACAAGGCCCUAUUGCUGAUCAGCCGUCUCGACCAAAGCCGGGAUCUUGCCCUGUGUCUGAUAUAAUCACCACAUGUGAAUGCAAUCCAGCAAAUGAACUGUGUCAAGGGGACAACAAAUGUCCUGGAGUACAGAAGUGUUGCUCCUAUGGGUGUGGUUGUAGGACACAUUGUGUUAAUCCUGUAGGAGUAGGAUCAGGGAACGUUUGUGUAUACAAUGGCAGGAAGUACAAAGUAGGAGAACGUUUUCCUUCUGAGGACGGGUGUAACACGUGCACGUGUAAUUCUAAUGGCGGAGUCGGGUGCACAGAAAAAGCUUGUAUUGGCCAGGACAUCUGUUCCCUACCGAAAGUUGUCGGCCGCUGUCGGGCAGCCUUCAGACGUUGGUGGUUCAACACACGAACAAAUCGCUGUGAGAGAUUUAUCUAUGGCGGAUGUCGGGGAAACGAAAAUAAUUUUGAGUCGAGGAGGGAAUGUGAGCGUCGAUGUAGAAACAGAGCAUAUCCUCAGGGUCGACCCGGCCGUAGCCCUAUUGCAUAGAAGAUAAUACCAUUGGAGAGAUAUUCUUUAUUUUGUAAAAGUUUUGUACCCUUUAACUAUGUUACUUCAAUAUUUGAAAAUAAAAAAAUAUAAAAAA